GAUUCUGCUCUUCUUCUUCCCGCUGCAGCCACCCGAAGAAAAAGAAAGAGGAACCCAGCCAUGCCUUGGAAAACUAGUGAGAUAAGCUUGGUUUUCUCCUUCCUUUCUUGCUCUAGAACACACCUAGAACCCAGAAAUCUUCCCUCCCCUACUGGAAAAGCCGGAUCUGCCUUGCUCUGCUUCUUCACCGCCGGCUGCUCUUGCCUUGUGGGGGCGAAUUGGCUUGUUUUUUGUUCCGUGAGCUUCCCCCUGCAGAUCCCGCCGGCCUUCCCCAAUCUGCUAGCUCUGGUUCCUUGCUUGUAAAUUCUGUUGUUCACAUAAGAGACAAAAUCAUCAUCUGAGACCCCAGUAUUCUCCUGAAGCAACAACAAUUACAGUGGUUUAGUCUUGCUUGUUUGGAAAAUAGGACACAAAGAUAAACUCUGAACACCUCAUUCAAACCUUAGAAAUAAUAGAAGGAAAACCAUUCAUUUUUUUAAACAAACAGCUUCCUGUUUCAAUUUAUUGAAAUUUACUUCCCAUCUCAUCAUUCUCUCACUCCUCAGAUCCAAACAAAACAGAUGUUUGUUA